AUGGAAGUUGACUCAGACUCCGAUGACUACGAUGACGAUGAGGAUCUGGAUUUUGUAUAUUAUGAUCAUCUUGGCGAUUUUUUCAAGAAACUUGACAUGUCUCAGAUCACUUUGGCUUUCAGAGACUUUUCGUUCAGCAAAAACAAGGUCUCUGACAGUUCAAUGGUUUUGGGACAAAGUGGAUUGACUUCAUUGGGCAAUUCUUUAACGACAAUACGUGAAUGCCCCACCUCUAUGGACACAGCGCUCGCCAUUCCACAGAUGUGGCACAACAUCAUCAACACAACUGCAGAUAUCGAAAGAAGACAUCUUGAAUCCUGCAUAUUACGAGCAUGCAUAAUGUGGGCUGCACUUAGUCUGAACAUGUGGGUGGAGAAUACAAUUGAUAGGGUGCAAUCAGGCAAAGCCAAUAAGUCAUGGGUCAAUAAACUGGUGUCCCAGAUUGAUAAUGCGCUCAAUUCGAAAGCUCCUGUGGGAACAGAGAUCAUAUUGAGAUCAGAAGACUUUCUUGCCCAGCUUCCACCUACUACGUAUAAAUGGUCCAAACCCCGCUUUACCUAUGACACAAAAACAGUCAAAGAGAGAAUCAAAUGUAUUGCUCAUGAUAGUAUUUGA